AUGUUGCGUAUUGCACUAUUAGUUACUAUCGUCUGCUCCGCGUUGGCCACGCCCGCCGUCGUGAGGACUAGAGAGGAAAUACAGGCUUUCAGAAGCUUCCUGGAAAGCACCAAAUCCGGCGAUGGGAUUCAGUUCGCCGCGAGAACCAUGACCAAUCCUCUGGCCAACCCUGAGGAGAACAGCGGCAAGUUCCAAGGAGAUAUUAUCCUAGACGACUUCAUGAUUGAAAUCCUAGUCAGGCAGUACGCAAUGGGGCGUAACGCGUACACGUGGCCCAAUACUAAGUGGCCGAACAACACCGUUGUUUGGGAAUUUGGAGAGGGGGAAUUUGAUCCUCGUCUGCAAGCCACCAUCGAGGAGGCGAUCGAAGAUAUCAAAAAACACACAUGCCUCAAGUUCCGUUACCGCGAGGCUGGAGACACAGCCUUUGUCAGACUCACCGGUAAAGCUGAUGGAUGUUAUGCCAGCAUCGGAUACUGGGAGCCACGAGGCGUGCACGAGAUGAACCUUGCCCGCGAUGAGCCAGGAGUGGGCUGUUUCCGCCACGCCACCAUCGUGCACGAGUGGAUGCACAUCCUCGGCUUCCUCCACAUGCAUGCCACCUACAACAGAGACGACUAUGUUAAGAUCAUCGAAGAAAACAUUACACCUGGUCUCGAGCACAACUUCGACAGCUACACACAAGACCUCAUUGAUAACUUAGGCAUUGAAUACGACUAUGUCAGUUGUCUGCAUUACGGACCUUACGCAUUCUCACGAAACGGAGGGAAAACUAUCGUUGCUCUGAAGGAGCACGCGGGUGCGAUGGGCCAGCGUUUGUACGUAACCAGCGAUGACUGGCUUCGCAUCAACAGACAUUACAACUGCAAAGGAGCUUGGGACUAAGCCACCAUCAAAACAAUAAAAUGAAGCAACGCAAUAUUCCCUAAUAAUAAAAAUAA